CCUUGUCUAGGUUUAUGACAAAGUAGAUGACGGCAUGAAAGAGCAAUCUAUAUAACAACAAGUGGAAAGGGAGUCAUCUUCAAAACCCACUGUAGCGCUCAUAACUUUAAAUACAUUCAAGAAGCGCUUACGCCCAGAACGACUUGUUGAGCUAUCGCCAGUCUUUGGAGGUUUACUUCCUAGCGGCUAUACACUCCUUCAAAUACUAUACUCACCAUGCCAAGUCUCCAGACCAUCCGCAAUGGGAUCGCCGAACUCCCCAAAGGCCCUCCACUCGUCGUCACGCUCACAGGUGGCACGACAGGCAUCGGAUCUUAUGUUGCCAAAGCCCUUGCGACAACCUUUGCGAAUCACGGCCCCAAGCUUCGAGUGUACAUUGUUGGCCGCAAUGCCGCCCGCGCCGAGACCCUACUCAGGUAUGGCCGUGAGACGAGCUCCGAAUCGGAUUGGCAGUUUGUCCAGGCGACGGAUCUGUCAUUGAUCAGUGAGGUCGACCGUGUCUCGCGCGAGAUUAUUAGGCGCGAGGAGCAGUCGCCAUUUGCUGGGGGCCCUGCAAGAUUAGAUUUGCUGUAUAUGAGCCAAGCGCUUUCACCACUCCAGGAGUCAAAUCAUACCAAGGAAGGCCUUGAUGCACAGAUGUCUCUGCUAUACUAUUCCCGUAUGAGGUUCAUUCAAAACUUCACACCGCUGCUAUCCGCUGCCCCCAACACUGCACAUGUCAUUUCCAUAUUUGCCGGCGGCAUCGAGGACAGCAUUAAAUCUGGAGAAACACCAGUCGGCACCCCACCACCUUCCAGUUAUGGCGUAACGGCUGUGCGAAAGUACACGGCGUUCAUGAAAACUUUCUUCUUCGAAGAGAUGGCGGAAAGGCAUGCUGGCAAGAUUAGCUUUACGCAUAUCUACCCCGGGUUAGUGGAUGGCCCGACGUUCUAUAGUGACGCCAAUCCGCAGUGGUUUCGCAUAUUGUGGCGGGUUUUGAAGCCGCUCGUCUCGUGGUAUAUGACUUCGCCGGAGGAUUGUGGUCAGGUCAUGUUAUAUCUUGCGACUCAGCGAUAUCCCGCACAGGGGACAGUGAAGUCCGACGAUGUGAACAAGGUCAUUGGUGGAAUCUCAUCUAGUACGCAAUGUGAAUUAGGAGAUGGAGCCUAUGGGGUAGGUCAAAGAGGAGACGAAAACAAUGUGGUAAGCUACGUCAAGACUCGGAAAGAUGAUACAACGAAAACUGUCUGGGAUCAUACCGUGAAUACUUUAGCGGAUAUUGAGAAGAGAAAUGCUCUUCUAUGAACAGCUACGCGAAAGCACUCGAUGCUCUAUAACAGGGUUUAAUAGCAAAUCUGAUUUGCAUUUUUUGACGAUAGAAUAGUAAAACUAUGUAAGAAUACC